CAGAAAUCGCCGUCUGGUUUACCGCAACACAUGUAUAUUGACUUGCUCUGGGUUAUCGAGCUCCUCUUCAUCGUCUUCUUCACAUCAUUCUCACUUUAUGCCACCUAUCUGUUGCCCAUCCAGUACUGCGAUUUGAUUCAUCGGUGUGCGACACAUCUCGGCAAAUGGGUACAAGUGGAGCGGAUAGCGGCCACCGCUGGCAAUUCAACGCAGGCCGCAAAUUUGGCCGCAGCCAUUGCUGCAGCAUCUACGUACGUCUCGACAGUGCAUUUAACAAUCGUUUUACUCCCGAACUUAUGUGUGUUUGAAAGUGCGUAA